GAUGGUGGUGCCAGCUCAGCCCAAUCCAUACGCCGAGCAGAUUGGGGCGCUGCAAGACCAGGUAGUGCAGCUGCAGAAGCAGCUGCUCAUUCCCCAGCCGCCAGCCAUCAAACAACAGCUGCAGCAGCAGAUUCUCAUGUUGCAACAGCAGCAGCAGCUAUUCCAGGCUCAAAAGCCGCCACAGCAGGUCCAGCCACAGCUGCAAGCGCAGCCGCAAGCGCAACCGCAGCCGAUGACGCAGACUGUGCAGCCCAUGCAGGAGGUGGCGAAGCCCCAGCCGUCACUGCUGGAGAUGCAGCAGAAGCACCAGGUCGAGAGGAAUCAGCUGAUGCAGCAGAUGCAACUGCAGAACUUGCCCAUCAACCAGCAGCAGGAGAUGAUGGAUCGGCUGCAGCAGCAGCAAAGCCAGCUGGAGCAGCAGCUUGUCCAGGGUGCCGCAGUGCCUGUGGCCACUCCAACAGGAGGAAUUGGCAUUCCCAAGCAGCCGCAGACC